AACCGACUGUCGGUUCUUCAUCCAACCUCUAGGGUUUCAUUCAUAUUGUUAUUUUCCCUCUCCAUACAUGCUAUACUCAGAUUUCUCAUGCUUGAAAUCUGACGAUAUACGUUUUUACAGUGUGAGUGAGUUCAUUUUUUUUGUCCCUGCCUUCUUUCGACCAUUGCUAGAUCUACAAAGGCUGGGUGAUUAUCAAAGGAUCUCAGACCUUAAAUCUUCUUUUGUCCAUUCGGUUUUUUUGCAAGAAUUUAGAGCAACGAAAAUACCUCUUCUUAAUGGAAAACAACUUGGAAUGGCUUGGUUGUGUUGUUGUUGAGCCCCGACUUGGGUACUUAUAGGGCUGGAUGAGAGUCUUGUACUCCAUAGCAACGGGUUAUUAACCAAUGGUCAAAUUCCUACAUAAUCUUUAAUUUUUUAUUUUGCAGUGCAAACAUUUAAUGUAGUAUUCAUAUUUCAAAUAUAGUACUAAUGCAUUUAAUGGUUGUGUGGCUCAAGGAUCGCACGGGGUUUUUAUUGUGGCUACCAAGAUUAAGUACGAUGCUGGUCUUUUUUUAUUAAUAUUUGCAGCUUACUUUUCCGAAAGGAGGAGAGAUAUUAAAAGCAAAUGUACUUUUAAAGAGCCACUAAUUUCAUUUCUUGAGCCCAACAAACUGAUGCAUUGGAUAUUGAGCCUACUUUAAAUCAUAGCAGCUGACCAGAGAGCCUGACUCCAGCCUGACCCCUCUUUGGACCCAUUGUAGCCAAUCCAACCCGUUACUGCACAGUGUUUGGGCGGGAACACUGUGCAGUUUUCAUUUUGGCUUUGUAUAAUAAAAGAUAAUCUCUCUGUCCGAAUUUGAUCAUACGAUUCCAG